AUGGAAGCUGAAGAGUCUGACGAGCUUGACGAUGGCAGAGACAGCGGAGAAGACUUUAGCGUCAGGAGGAUACUUGUGGGACCUGGAAACAUGGAGCAGCCUCAGCGGGUUGGCGGCUGGGAGGAGGCCAUUCAAGACAGAUUGAAGCAACUUGUGGCAUUCUUUGAAGAGUUCGAAUACCUGGUAAAGGGACAUGUCACGGACUUCUACGUCAAAGACAUGUGGAGUUCGAUCCCUUCGGACUGGCGCGAGACUUUCGAGAAGCUCUCUGAGAGCGAUUGCAUCGAGAUGAUCGAAAGGAUGAGCAACCCAAGGGAGGUGGUUCAGCUGCUGCAAGUCAAAGGGCUCAAAUCCUGCUCCUCGUUGUUGAGGUUCUUGGGCCAGAUCUCGCUGCUGGCCCUUGACAGGAAGACCAAGAUUCGUCCAUCCUGCGGGGACAGGAUGAGGUGCGGGGAGGGCCUUGCAAGGGGCAUGUCACCCAAGAAGAUGCACGAGGUCUACACAGAGGGGCUGCAUACUGGAUGCUGUCGGCUGAUGCUGUUGAGGAAGGGGUACCUGUGCCGGGCGCUCUCGUUCAAAGGGUCGAUCGAUGUGAUCGGGAUCGAACAAGAUCCCAACAACAUACAGGAAGCGAAGAGGCUGGAUGCCCAGGUAAGGAAGGAGUUGGAGUUCAACUUGCGGCGACAGGACAAGGGUGAGGACGCAGCGUCAGCCCAACUUGCAUCUGCAAACAUAAAGUACCUGCAGCACCAGAUAAAAUGGAGGGAGGGAGGAGUCGUUUCAGCCCUCGCUGGAAACUUGCGGCACCGUGCUAGCAAGGAGGAGGACGUGGAGGAGCUGAACGAGACGAGCAGCAUGCCAGCGGGCAAGCACAGGGCAAUAGAGGAGCAGGAGCAGGAGCAGGAGCAGGAGGAUGGCGGGGGGAUCAGGAGCAGCAUCGACAACUUUGGUCUGAUCUGCCUGCAUGCUUGUGGCGACCUGGUGCCGAACAUGCUCGAGUACUUCGUUAAGACGAAAGGAUGCUGUCAUCUCUUCGCCGUCAGCUGCUGCUACAUGAAGGUUCGCUGCAACGGCGCAAGGAGGAAAGAGGACGAGGACGAGGACGCCGGGCAGGAGGGAGAAAGUUUCAUCAAGAUGAGGAUGGAUUCCAAUUCAGAGAACAGGUAG